GGUAGUCGUACAUCUCCAUGGACUUUUGCGAGUGGGGGUAGGUGGACUUUGGUUAUAAAUACAAUGGCCAGAAGAAGCCAUCGCAAGUCAUUCGUGUUUGUGUUUACAAAAAGAAGGGAAGAGAAUGGGGGUUGAGGAGUCGUCGUCAUCAUCAGGAAAGACGGUGUGCGUGACAGGCGCUGGCGGAUUCAUUGCCUCAUGGCUCGUUAAGCUCCUUCUCGACAGAGGUUACACCGUCAAAGGAACUGUCCGCAAUCCAGAGGAUCCAAAAAAUGCUCAUCUGAUGGAGCUGAAAGGAGCAAAGGAGAGACUGACCUUGUGCAGAGCCGACCUUCUUGAUUACCAAAGUCUCAAGGAAGCAAUCCAAGGCUGCCAUGGCGUCUUCCACACCGCCUCUCCUGUUACCGAUGAUCCGGAGAAAAUGGUGGAGCCGGCGGUGAAUGGGACAAGAAACGUGAUAGAGGCAGCUGCUGAAGCUAGAGUGAAGAGGGCAGUGUUCACAUCUUCCAUCGGGACAGUCUACAUGAACCCCAACAGGGAUCCAGAUGGCCUUGUUGAUGAACACUGCUGGAGUGAUCUUGACUACUGCAAGAACACCAAGAACUGGUACUGCUAUGCGAAGACGGUGGCGGAACAGGUGGCGUGGGAAGUGGCGAAGGAAAGAGGAGUGGAUCUGGUGGUGGUGAACCCGGUGCUGGUGAUAGGCCCACUUCUGCAGCCCACGGUUAACGCAAGCACAGUUCACAUCCUCAAGUAUUUGACUGGCUCAGCAAAGACUUAUGCCAACUUGGCUCAGGCCUAUGUUCACGUGGAGGACGCAGCCUUAGCCCACGUUCUUGUUUUCGAGUCUCCCUCUGCCUCUGGCCGGUACAUCUGCGCAGAGAGCUCUCUCCACCGCGGAGAGGUUGUGGACAUCCUUUCCAAAUUCUUCCCCGAGUACCCAAUUCCUACCAAGUGCUCGGACGAGAAGAACCCGAGAGUCAAGCCUUACAAGUUCAGCAACGACAAGAUAAGGGAGCUGGGCCUUGAAUUCGUGCCAGUGAGGCAGUCCCUCUACGACACCGUCCGGAGCUUGCAAGAAAUGGGACACCUCCCUCUUCCUCAGCACCCCUCCCCUUCUCUCCCCGCUAAUUAAUUUAUACCACUCCCUUCAUUAUAUAUAAUAUAUAUCAUACGUUGUAUCUCUUUGUUGGGAAUUUGUAACUCUAUUUUAUAUAUAGAAAGAAGAAUCUUAUUUGCUAGCA